AUGGGCGAUGAUAGGGAUGAUGAUUUGCAUGACAACAAUAUCAAUGAUUUGGCUGCAUACUGUUUGCAGGAGGACAUGGAUCGUGACCUACCUUUUGGGCGAUCUUAUGCUGCGGAUUCGGAUGACAACGAUCCCGAUGAAGAAGUGAAUGAGGAUGGGUUCACAACGAAAGAAGCGAAAGUUCACGACAAGGUGUUAGGGCAUGAUCAUCGGAUAUCAUUGUUCCGCAAUGUUAGUUUGGCGGAUGAAGCCGUAGUAGACGGUGACAAGGGUAAUUCUCUUGGACCAAGACCCAUCUCCUACAGGGAUAUGAAUGAGGAUGAGUAUGUCAUUCAGUCGGGAAUAAGGUUUCGAACUUUGUUGGAAUACAAGGUUUGGAUAAAGGAGUACUCUGUUACGUCUCAUCAUCCAUACAAGGUGAUUCAUGCGGACACGAAGCUUCGUUACACGGUUAAAUGUGUGGAGGAAGGAUAUCCAUGGAUUGUUCGUGCAAGACCACUAAAAGGAGGGCCCGAAUGGCACAUAUAUAGUUGUUCUGCAACUCACCUUUGUACAGGAAAAAACCGAGAUGACAAGGAUGUGAAAAUAGAUCACCUGCAACUCACCUCGGAAUUCAUCGGCUACAAGCUUUCCAAUUCCAUCAAGUCACUACCGACAAUGUCGAUCAAGGAAGUCAUCGAACUUGUGGAUGCUCUUUUCCAUUACAAGGUGAAGUACGGGAAGGCAUGGAAGGCCAAGCAAGCUGCAUUCAACAUGUUGUAUGGUGAUUGGGAGGAAGCAUACAACCGACUCCCUAGGUUGUUGGGAGCGAUGGCUCAUACCAACCCAGGCAUGAUUCAUAUGGUCGAGCCUUUUGGGCAAAGAACUAGAAUUUACAACGGUGCAAAUGUCCGAGUCUUUGGCCUUGCAUUCUGGGCUUUCGAGCAGUGCAUAAGGGGUUUUCAGCACUAUAGGCCGGUCAUCUCCGUGAAUGGCACUUUCCUGACCGGACAAUUCAAGGGCACUAUGUUGGUUGCAAUAGCUAAUGAUGCCAACAGCCGGCUGUUUCCAUUGGCUUUUGAUUUGGUUUCUGCAGAGAGCAACGAUAAUUGGGCAUGGUUCAUAGGGCUAUUGAGAAUAAAGGUUAUACCUCAACACAUGGAAGUUUGUGUCAUCUCAGACCGUCACCAAGGCAUCUUGAAUGCAAUGGAGGUUGAGUUGCCUGGAUUUGCUCCAUUGCAUCAUCGAUGGUGCAUGAGGCAUUUUGUUGCCAACUUUUACAGGGCUUGUAGGAACCAGGAGUUGUCGGAUUAUCUGAAGCAUUGUUGUCAGGCCUAUUCGGAGCGUCGUUUCUCAAAUUUGAUCAAUGCAUUGCUGACUUCGCGAGAUCUUUCUCCGGGGGUUUUGGAAUUUUUGAAUAGGCACCUGGCCUCAAGGUCGAAAUGGGCACGAGCAUUUGACGAAGGGGGUCGUAGGUACGGUCAAAUGACAAGUAACAUGGCAGAAUGUUUCAAUAUGGUACUCCGAGGGGUUCGUGCAUUGCCCGUCACGGCUAUUGUUCAAUACACAUUUGACAAGAUGAACGGGUAUUUCCUAAAAUAUUCGGAGGAAACAGAUAGGCAGAUUGCUGGAAAGAACAGGGCAAAGAAGAAGUACAUGUACCCACCAAAGGUGGAUGCAUGGAUUACUUUUCAGACAAGAAAAGCAGACUCCCAAACCGCUGUAUGUUUUGAUAACGAUGAAUGGAUUUACCAAGUGAAUGAGCCCAGAGGAACAACAAGUGAUGGUGUGCAGCAUGGAGGCAGGGCGUUCGAGUUCUCGCUACGAACAUGCGAGUGCUCGUGCAAGAGGCCCUCGUUGCAAGUUAACCCCUAA